AUGCUUGUCCUUAGCCUUGGAGAGCUUGACAUUCCACAACGAUGGCAAUCUUAUUCAGCCGGACGCAGCAUCAAGUCAAGAACCAAGAUCUCGCGGAUCCAGCACGGACCUGACGUAUCUGUGGAUCAAACUUGGAACACGCUGGCGGUGAACCUGAAAGAAGUCCUGAACAACAAUGCUCGGCAUCUUUCAUUUGAGGAGAACCAUCGGUAUGCGUAUAAGCUGGUGUUGUGGAAACAGGGAGAAAUGCUGUAUAAAGGAACCACAAAUCUCAUAGUCGAGAAUCUGAACAGGCUCGCGCAGGAGGACUUGUAUCCGGUCUUUCCUACAGGCGCAAGCAGUGAACCUACACAACAAAGCCACGAAGCCGAGUUGCUGCUCAAGGCAUUGCGGAAAGUCUGGGAUGAACACAAAAGCAAUGUCGUAAAGCUGUCUCAACUCUUGAACUAUAUGGAUCGUGUCUACACAACCGCCGAAGGCGUCCCCAAGAUACAAGAAGCCGGACGCCAACUCUUCCUUAAACACAUCCUUCAGCCUCCGAACGCCAUACACAGUCAUGUCAUUGACGCUGUGCUAAAGCAGAUACGGCUUGAACGGGAAGGCUAUGUCAUAAACCGAUCGGCCGUGAAAGAAUGUGUGGAUGUCUUCAUAGGUCUCGAUACAGGUGACCAUGGAAUGUCUGUCUACGAACGUGAUCUCAAGCCACGCAUCCUUUCUGAAAGCGACGCUUUCUACAAGAAUGAAGGGAUGAUACUCUUGCAGACUUGCGACGCGCCUGAAUACCUUCGCCGAGUAGAAGCUCGCUUCAUCUCAGAGGAGGAACGAACACAUCACUACCUUUCGCCUCAAACACACCCACCACUACGCCAACUCCUCCAAGACCACCUACUCACCGCUAACCUUGUGGAGGUUAUCUCUAUGUCGGGCUCAGGCUUUGACUCGAUGAUCGACACACACAAAUACGAUGAUCUCUCACGGAUGUAUCGACUCUUCAUAAUGGUACCCUCUGGUAUAGCGUGCAUGAAAAAGGCUUUGAAGGACUCAGUUGUUCGUCGUGGUCAAGAGAUUAAUCGAACUACAUCUGAGCCUACGGCCCAGGAAGUGGAUCAAGACGAACCAUCUACGGAGGCGACCGCUAAAGGGAAGGGAAAGGCCAAAGCCCGGCCAACCGCCGUCUCCCAAACACUUACCUUGGCGCUGAAAUGGGUUCAAGACGUACUUGAUCUCAAGGACCAGUUUGAUCAGCUAUGGCGACAGUCGCUGCAAAGUGACAGGACUCUGGAAAGCGCUCUGAAUGAUGCUUUCGAGACCUUCGUCAAUCAACACGAGCGAUGCUCCGAGUUCAUUUCACUGUUCAUCGACGAUCACCUUAAACGAGGUUUGAAAGGGAAAACGGAUAGCGAGAUCGAUUCGAUUUUAGACAAAACCAUUACUGUUUUCCGAUUUGUUCUGGAGAAAGACGUCUUCGAACGGUAUUACAAGAGCCAUCUCGCCAAACGCUUACUGCACGGGCGUUCGGUCUCCGACGACGCCGAGCGGGGUAUGCUCGCCAAACUCAAGGUCGAAUGCGGGUACCAGUUUACUCACAAAUUGGAGGGCAUGUUCCAUGAUAUGAAGAUAUCAGACGACACCAUGUCUUCCUAUAGAACGUAUCUAGAGAACACAACGCCUCCCGACAUACCGAUCUCGGUCACUGUAAUGACAUCGAGUGUGUGGCCUAUGAGUCUCGCCCCCACACCAUGCAAUCUCCCAUCUGGGCUGCUCUCGAGUUGCAAGUCUUUCGAGAAAUUCUACCUCAAUCGCCACUCUGGCCGUCGCCUCACUUGGCAGCCCACAUUAGGAAACGCCGACGUAAAGGUUGCGUUCAAGUCGCGGACACAUGAAUUGAACGUUUCCACGUUCGCACUCGUUAUCCUUCUUUUGUUCGAGGAUUUACCCGCCAGUGAUUUCCUCACAUAUUCUGACAUACAAGAGGCCACUGCCAUAUCAGACUCCGAACUACAACGGCAUCUACAAACACUCGCAUGCGCCAAGUAUAAGAUCCUCAAGAAGCACCCGCCAGGGCGUGAUGUCGCGAAGGACGAUUCAUUCUCAUUCAACGAGGACUUCUCUGCACCUCUCCAGAAGAUCAAGAUCAGCACCGUCGCUUCCAAAGUAGAGACUUCGGAAGAAAGGAAGGAGACCCAGAGUCACCUGGAAGAAGAGCGCAAGUAUCAAAUGGAGGCCUGCAUCGUCCGUAUUAUGAAGGACAGGAAACACAUGACACAUAAUGAUUUGGUACAUGAAGUGACUCGUCAGUUAGCGGGCCGAUUUGUACCCAAUCCGCUGGAUAUCAAAAAGCGCAUCGAAGGGUUGAUAGAGAAAGAAUACCUGGAGCGCUGUGAUGAUCGUAAAUCAUACAACUACAUGUAUGGGUCUACUGCAUUCCGAAAUGGCCGAGGGUGA